AUGUCUUUCCUGACCAAGCACAUCAAGGAUAACAAUAUCAAUCAGGUGGCGCUAUUGAUCGCCUGUAUUCUCCACUCCAAGGAAGGAAAGAUACAAAAGAUUGGCUCUGGCCCACUUGGCAACACGAUUAACAUGUACGUGUUGCAUUACGUUAUGUUGAUUUUCGAAGACCUGGCCCAAGACCAUGGAAUCAAAUCGAAGGGUGCCACAUGA